AUGGGAGAGAGACGGGCACGCUCCUUCCAUAUGACGUGCCACCUACAGCGGGACUAUGGGACAAGGCUGGGGGGUCCCUUCGCCAGAUACAGCCCCAAUGGCUAUGCUGGGACCAGUCUGAGUCUAGACCAGGAGAUGGAAGCUGACGAUUCUCCAGCCGUGGUUGCCGAGAACGAGGCCUCCAUGCCCAACAGCAGCCUUUACUCUCCUGUUUCACUGGAACUGGACCCCAGUGCGGUAAAUAAUGGAUCAGACGUCCGCCACUGCUCGACGGCUAAAGACACGGCCCUGCAGAUCGCACACGGCCAGCUCCCCGUCGCUUCGGCGCCUCUGCCGCAGUCCAGCUGGCUGCACCACCACCAAAAAGAGUUCCAGCGGCCGUACGUCAAGACGAGCAUGCAGGGCGAUGUUUACAACUUCCUCGAGAGACCUGCUGGGCUCAAGUGUUUCCUCUACCACUUCCUUGUAUUCCUCAUGGUCCUGGUGUGUCUCAUCUUCAGUGUUUUGUCCACAAUCGAGCAGUAUGCCGAUAUUGCCACUGGAUCCCUCUUCUGGAUGGAAAUCGUGCUGGUGCUGUUUUUUGGAAGCGAGUACGUGGUGCGUUUGUGGUCGGCCGGCUGUCGCAGCAAAUACGCUGGCAUCCGAGGACGCCUCCGCUUCAUCAGGAAGCCCAUAUCAAUCAUAGAUUUGAUUGUGGUUAUCGCCUCCAUCAUUGUGCUCGCUGUGGGCUCCAAUGGUCAAGUGUUCGCCACAUCUGCUAUCAGGGGCAUCCGUUUCCUGCAAAUCUUACGUAUGCUGCAUGUAGACCGACAGGGUGGAACGUGGCGGCUUCUAGGAUCUGUGGUCUUCAUUCAUCGACAGGAGCUGAUUACCACCUUGUACAUCGGCUUCCUCGGCCUGAUCUUCUCAUCUUACUUUGUCUACUUGGCUGAGAAGGAUGCAGUGGACGAGGAGGGAAAGACAGGCUUCUCCAGUUAUGCUGAUGCCCUGUGGUGGGGUGUGGUGACUGUGACUACAAUAGGCUACGGAGACAAGAUUCCUCAAACAUGGAUCGGCAAGGCCAUCGCAUCCUGUUUCAGCGUCUUUGCCAUCUCCUUCUUUGCUCUGCCGGCUGGUAUCUUGGGAUCAGGGUUCGCCCUGAAGGUCCAGCAGAAGCAGAGACAAAAGCACUUCAAUAGACAAAUCCCUGCUGCAGCUUCUCUUAUACAGACACUCUGGCGGUGCUACGCGGCAGAGAAACCCAACGGUUCUGCAGCGACUUGGAAAAUGUACGUCCUCACUCCGGAAGCCGUCACCGCGGCGGAAUCUGAGAACUCCAGCCCCAGCCUCAGGAAGCUGAACAUAUCGAAAAAGGGCCCCAAAAGAAGGAUGAAGUCGAUGCGAGAUAACGGCUCCAUCGGCGUGUCGUCAGAGAGAGCCGUCUCCAUCCCUCAAAUCACUUAUGAUCACAUCGACGACGCCGUUGAGAAGAAAGACGUCUCAUUCUUCAUGGAGGAGCCGAGUAGCGCUGUACAAGGAAUCACCAGGAUCAUCAAACAAACUGGACCCUGUCAUCAUUCUUGGUCGUCUUUCACUCUGAGCUGCCCUUCCUCUCCAGUGAAGAGAGGCCAUAGUGGCAGCAUGUCAAUCGACAUUACCCGCGCCAGCAGCCUGACCGACGAAUUGGACUGCAUGUGUGAGGAUAUUCCCCUCUCUGCGAUGACCGACAACACUCAUCUUUUGACCUGCCCGUUCGUGGCAUCGGUCCAGGACUCUUUCUCUACACACCACUUGAAUUCCACAAGGUUGUCUCACGCCCAGAGGUCUGCAGUGAAAGUCCUGCGUCGCAUGCAAUACUUUGUGGCCCGCAAAAAGUUUCAGCAAGCACGUAAACCAUACGAUGUGCGUGAUGUGAUCGAACAGUACUCACAAGGUCAUCUCAACAUGAUGGUGCGCAUCAAGGAGCUGCAGCGAAGGUUGGACGGCACACUAGGAAAGCCGGGAAUGUUCCUCCCAGGUAAAGGAGAAGAUAAAGAAUUCCCGACAAUUGGAGCGCGACUGAUCCGGCUGGAAGAUAAGGUUUACCAGAUGGACCAGAAAAUGGAGUCGGUUCUCCGAAUCCUCACAGAGCAGUUCGUGCAUAAGCCCGAGCUGAUAUCCAAGCCUUCCAUCCGCAGGGUGACCAUCCAGAAGCGAAUGGGUGUUAGCAUUGACGAGGGACCCUGA